CCCCGGCUCCGAGGCCUGGAAGGGGCCGGGGCGGGGCUGGGGGCGGUGCAGCCGCCGCCUCCCCUUCUCCCCUCCGCGUUGGCGGCGGCGACGGAGGAACCCGACACACACCGGCCCCGCUCCCGCCCCAGCCAAAGCCGAAGCUGCCGCCGGGGCCAUGGGCGCCCCGCGCCGCCCGGGUCAUGAGAACGGAGGCGGAGGCUGCGGGGCCGUCGCUGGAGCCCGGUUCCGGGUUCGGUCCCGGUCAGGGCACAUACCUACGUCGUAGGUUCGGUCCCACGUACAGGAGGCAACCGAUCCAUGUUGUUUUUCUCUCUCAAAUGAAAAACAAACAACCUCGGGUGAGGAUUAAAAAACAACAACAAAGCAGCAAAGGGGACUUUGUGCAGCUGCCCGUGCCCAUCAUCCAGCAGCUCUACCACUGGGACUGCGGCCUGGCCUGCUCCAGGAUGGUGCUGCGGUACCUGGGCCAGCUGGACGACGGUGAGUUCGAGGGCGCCCUGCAGGAGCUGCGGCUGACCCGCAGCAUCUGGACCAUCGACCUGGCCUACCUGAUGCGGCACUUCGGCGUGCGGCACCGCUUCUGCACCCAGACCCUGGGCGUGGACAAGGGCUACAAAAACCAGUCCUUCUACAGGAAGCACUUCGACACCGAGGAGACGCGGGUCAACCAGCUGUUCGCACAGGCCCAGGCCUGCAAGGUGCUGGUGGAGAAAUGCAGGGAUGUGCAGCACCAGCAUCAGCAACUUCGAGGAGGCCAGGACCAGCUACGGCACGGACGAGGACAUCCUCUUCGUCUACGUGGACAGCUGACAGCGGGGCGGGCGCCAGGCCCGCAGACCCCGCCCGGGAGGCCCUGCCCAGCCGGGCCCACUCAGGAGGCCUCCCUGGCCCCGGCUGCUGGGGCCGCAGCCCAUAUGACAAAGCCCCAGGGGAUUCUGGGAGGUCACAGCACACCUGAUUCAUCCACCAGUGGUGAGUGCCGUCAUGCCACUCACCCCGCACACCUACUGGGUGCUGGAGACACCCCCAGAGCUGAGCAGAGCCCCCCAGGACCCCAGCCUGACUCGGACUGCCCCGGGGCACCCAGCUCCGAGGGUGCCCUUGCUGCCUGCCAGCCAGCCCGGGCUGGGGGAGCUGCCUGGGCCCGUCUCCCCUCAGACCUGGGGACCCAGCCCCCGAGAGGUUGCUUGUCAGGGCAGCAUGUGUGUGUGGAGACUAGCUGACCCCCCUCGCUGGGAGCUGCCCUCCCCUUCUCCUGGGGGCGCUGCAGAGCCCCAGUCCCACGGCUGGUGGCGCCUGGGAGGGCUGGGCCUUGGGCAGAAAGGACCCUGCGCCCCCCAGCCCUGCAGGUGUCCGAGCUCUGUGGGUGGGGCGGGCCCACAGUGCCGUGUGCUCAGCUCCUGCCGCUGGCCUGCUCCCAACAGCGGGCCGUCCUCUGAGAACGGGGAGCCCCAAGUCUUGCAGGGCUGGGUGCUGGGCGCCAGGACAGGCUGCGGCCUCCCCCCAUUCGUGUUCACACCACGACCUUUGGCACAGAAUGCUGGGCCUCCUGCCUGGGUGAGGGGGGGUGCCGCCAGGUCACACAGCGCGGGCGGCACGGGCUAGAACUGUGGCCUUUCUUUCUUUCUUUCUUUCUUUGGGGGAGGGGGCGGGCUCUUUGAGAUUUACGUUUUCACUUCCGGGGGAGAGACUCACCCUGGAGAUGCUAAUCGUGAGACUGCAGGUACUUAGAACACGGACACCUCUCCCUGGGCAGACGCGCCGGUCAGGUCCCUCCCUCGAGAGGAGGCCCUCGCCCGCAGGCAGAGCCCGCUCGGUCUGGGAGCGUUUGCCCGGACACUGACGGGUGAGCUGGGUUUGAACCCAGGUCUGCACCUGAGAAAUAAGGGAAGUGGAUCCUGCCCACAGGGGCUGGGGGCACCCCCACUCCCAGGGGCUGCCUCUGGCGAGGGGGCAGGGGUGCCUACAGCCCCGCUCCGCACCCCUGCGUCUUUGUCUCCCGGUGCCCAAGGCUGCUCCCCGCCCUGGACGGCCUCUGCCCCACCCGCCAGCUGCCCCUCCCCUGGGCCUGCUUUAGGGCUGGCAGACUCACCAGCUUGCUCCUCAGCACCAGCCGAGGCCUGGGCCGAGGGAGGUGCCGCCCUGGGGGACGGCUGGUGUGGUCUUCGGACUGGUCUCUGUUGCCUUAGCGCUCCCUCUGGGGCCCGGGGAGCCUGGCUCCAUGCCCAGGACACCACGUGUGCAGCGUGCGGUGGGCGUCUCGGGAGGGUCUGGGGAAACUGGCGAGGACAGAGGCAUCGUGGGAAACGGGCAGUGCCGCUCUCAGGGCGGCGGUGGAGGGAGGGAGGCCGGGAGGCCGGCGCGUGCUGGCGGGCGAGCAGCCUCCGUGAGAGGGCACCGCGCC